GGAAACAGUUCGCUGGGAUAAAUCGAUGCGACAUUGUGGGCAACUUGUACAAGACCUGUCAAUUUGUUGCCCUCAUUUAUUGCCUCCAUCUGACAGGUCACACAAUGUCUCAAGCAAACCUCAUUCUCGGGUCUGCCCUCGCUGCCCUGCUCUAUUUCGCCUGUCUGGCCAUCUAUCGGCUCUAUUUCAGCCCCGUCGCCCACAUCCCCGGGCCCAUCCUCGCGAAGAUUACCUUUUGGUACGAGUUCUACUACGAUGUCGUCCUGACUGGCCAGUACACCUUCAAAAUCAGACAACUGCAUGACCAGUAUGGCCCUAUCAUCCGCAUCAACCCAGAAGAAGUUCACGUUGCCGACCCCGACUUCUACGACAUUGUCUUCACUGGUGCCUCCCAGAAGCGUGACAAGUGGGCGUGGUUCUGCGACCAGUUUGGUAUUCCUGAUUCCGCCUUUGCCACGGUCAAGCACGAUGUCCACCGCAUGCGUCGAGCUGCACUCAACCCCUUCUUCUCUAAAGCCAAGGUGCGCAGUCUACAGCCUCUGAUUCAACAAGUUGCCCAACAACUUCUCUCUCGUUUCGAGGAAUUCAAACACGAUGCCGAGCACAUGACUCUGUCAUUGGCCUACGCCGCCCUGACAAAUGACGUGGCCGAAAUGUAUGCUCUGGGACGUAAUGACAAUCGAAUUGAGGCAAAAGACUUUGAUCCUAGCUUUCACGACGCCUCGGUCGCAGGAAGCACCAUGGGUCAUCUGACCAAACAGAUGCCCUGGAUCCUGCAUCUCAUGCAAGUGCUUCCGGACUCGGUGGCGGUCAUGAUGGACCCUAACAUGGCUUCCUAUGUGAAGCUGCAAAGAGAUAUCAAAGCCCAAAUUCAAGUCAUCCAAAGUAACCGGAAUAGUGACAUGUACAAAGCUGCUGCCCACCAGACCAUCUUUCAUGAAAUCCUCAACAGCAACCUCCCCGAUUCGGAAAAAUCUCCGUCUCGACUCUGGCAAGAUGGCCAAGUCACAGUCAUCGCCGGGACACUGACAACAGCAUCUGCCCUCUCAUACGCGACUUACAGCCUCCUCACCCAACCCCAAACCCUCAAGCACCUUCGAGACGAGUUGAGAGAUGCCAUCCCAAAUGUUGACCGACUUCCACCAUUGGCCAGCCUUGAACAACUCCCUUACCUCCGAUCGUGCAUCAAAGAAUCUCUCCGGCUCAGCAACGGGGUCAGUUCUCGAUUGCAGCGGAUUGACCCGGACAAGCCCAUAUACUUUACAGAUCAAACAAAGCACAAUGGAAAGACGUAUAUCCUUCCUCCCGGUACUCCCAUCUCCUUGACGGGGAUGCUGAUUCACACCGACCCCAACUACUUUCAAGAGCCAUUUGCCUUCCGGCCUGAACGGUGGCUUGAAAAUCCGGGGCUGGAAAAAUACCUUGUUCCGUUUGGGCGAGGUUCAAGGCAAUGCAUUGGCAUGGAAUUGGCGUACGCGGAGUUGUAUAUAACUUUGGCGCUUGUGUUUCGAUGCUACGGCAGCGCCGAUGUGCAGAUGGACGGAGAUCGGGGCCUCCUAGAGUUGUACGACACCCAGUUUGAGCGAGAUAUCGAAAUUGUGGGUGACGGAAUCACACCACUCAACCGAAAGGAAAGCAAGGGCUUGAGGGUGCGAGUGAAGGAUGUCUAGGCUUUAGCUCGCCGAGAAUGGAAUGGAUGAUGGCUUGGGGUAGAAUCAGGGUUCACCAGCACAUGUUUUAAAUGCUGACCUGAUGCGCCAGCCUAGGUAUGCAUUGGUACUGUUGUAGCCAAUGUCGCAGUCUGCUGAGGGUCUGGAAGUGUGUGCUGUCAAGUGAUGGCGCCAGGGCAUCUGCAGGCUCCUGCGGGCAAGCCAGGUAUACCUACCUACCUAGGUACAUGAGCAUGUACAGUCCCUAACUUGGCGUACUUCGGUCCUUCCACAGGUACAAAAUACCAGCCUACGGAACGCCUCUAAGUACAUUCUAAC